AUGGCUCAUAUGGGUGAAAGACGAGGCUCAGGCCGCUGCAGAUCCAGGAGUGCUGCUGUCUCCCAGACGGCUGCUCAGGAGGUUGGGAGACGCGGCUCUGGUGACGGCGCUCAGGAACCGCUGCCAAACCCAAACCAGCCACUGAGCCAAGAGCUGCCUGGAUACAUCGCACCUCUGCCUUCAGAGUUGGCCGUUUCUGUGUCCACAGAUCAGCCUCACAGGAAGAGGAAGUGGCAGAGCGGCAGCCAGGAGGAUGAGCGUCCGUCCCCCUCAUACAGAAGACCUGCCAAACGCUCCCGCAGAGAAGCGUAUGUCAAGGGCCCAUUGCUGGGGCGAGGCGGAUUCGGCUCUGUGUAUGCUGGGACCCGCAGGUCUGAUGGACUGCCAGUUGCCAUCAAGUACGUCUCUAAAAGAGGAACACAGAGACUGAGAGUUGAAGGUCAGGGUCGGCUGCCGCUGGAGGUGGCGUUGAUGACCCUGGUUAAUUCGGCUCCUGCCUGCCCCAACGUCCUGCAGCUGCUGGAGUGGUUUGACCGUCCCGGACGCUACACCAUGAUCUUGGAGCGCCCGCUUCUUUGCCAAGAUCUGGAGAGUUUCUGUGAGGAGAAUGGACGCCUGGAGGAGAGCCUGGCCAAGAAAGUGCUGCUGCAGCUGAUCACGGCGCUGAGACACUGCAAGAGCCGUGGAGUCCUGCACCGGGACGUCAAACCAGAGAACCUGCUGAUCUCCACAGAGUCACAUGACAUCAAGCUGCUGGACUUCGGCUGUGGAGAUCUGCUGAAAGACUCGGCCUACAAACACUUUGCAGGCACUCUUCAGUACGCCCCUCCUGAGUGGUUUCGGUGGCACCGCUAUCAUGCGGGACCGGCUACG